AUGAGCAAAAAAGACUCGCUGCCAACUGAAAGGCUAAGCAUCCACAGCCUCCUCCUGCGGCACAUACGCCAGUGGGCGCUCCUGUGGUACUACCGCUACUCCGUGGAAAUAGGCAUAUCCGUGCUUGACGGGUGGGAGGCAUUUAUCGUCAACUCUGUCUUUCUCCUGCUGAUUGUGAGCAUAGCAAAGCAGGUCACAAAGGGGGCAAACAUGCUCGUCCGAGUUGUGUGCAAGAACGCGCCCGUGUGA